CCGAGCCUCUCUCCGAGCCCAGUCCCCUCCAGUCCAGUCUAAACCACGCAAGUAGCAAUGAGUUCGUCGGCCACAAUCACGGAGACGCAGCCCCAGAAGGAGCUCGCCAAUGUGUCCUUGGUCGCGGAGGCAGAGCCAGAGUGCCAAUUGGCAAACCUGAGCCAUGGCCCCAACCCUCUUACAGGCAUUCCCACGUUCGUUUCGUUCCAGGCGCAUCGCGAGCACAUCAUCCUGCACAUGGCCGCCGUCUUCCGCAACUGGGCGCGCGUCGGCUAUAUCGAAGGCAUCUCCGGCCACAUCAGCGUGCGCGAUCCCGAGUUCCCAGGCUGCAUCUGGAUGAACCCCAUCGGAAAGCACUUUGCUCUGAUGAACGCCAGCGACAUGGUGUGUCUCGAGAUCGCCACCGGCAGGAUUGUCGGCGGCAACAAGGUCCGCCCCGUGAAUAAGCCGGGCUUCUUUAUUCACUCCGAGAUGCACAAGGCCCGCCACGACGUGCACGCCAUCUGCCACGCCCACACCAUGGCCGGCCGGGCCUGGACCGUCUUCGGCAAGCCAUUGGACAUGAUCACCCAGGACGUAUGCGACCUGUACGACUCCAUCGCCGUCAUGAACGAGUACGGCGGCAUCGUCGCGGCCGACGAGGAGGGCAAGCAGAUCGCGCGCGCCCUGGGCCCGCGCAACAAGGCGGCCCUGCUGCUGAACCACGGCCUCAUCACCGUCGGCAACACGGUGGACGAGGCGGCCUUCCUGCUGGGCCUGGUCGAGCGCAGCUGCGAGAUCCAGCUCAAGGUCGAGGCCGCGUGCGCCGGCAACCCGGAGCUCAAGAAGACGCUCAUCCCGGACGAGCUGUGCAAGUUCAACUUCCAGAUGGCGGGCGAGAAGAACUGGCUGUAUGUCGAGGCCCAGCCCGACAUCGAGUACGAGAUUGAGAUGGCUGGGGGUGUUAUCAAGACUGGACUUGAGAACAUGAGGGUGGAUAGUCUUUAGAGUUUCUCUUGUAAAUAACAAUACGAGC